AUGAGUUCUUUAGUGCCAUCGGUUUCGGAAGAACAGAAGAUCAACCAGAUGAGGAGAAACUCCUCGGUCAUGGGCUCCUCGUUGUCCAAGAUCUUGGUUGCCAACAGAGGUGAAAUCCCCAUCCGUAUCUUUAGAACCGCCCACGAAUUGAGUUUGCAAACCGUUGCCAUUUACUCCCCUGCUGACAAGUUGAGUUUGCAUCGGUUGAAGGCCGAUGAGUCGUACGCCAUUGGUAAACCAGGCCAAUUUUCCCCCGUACAAGCGUACUUGCAAAUUGAUGAAAUUAUCAACAUCGCCAAGCUCCACAACGUCAAUAUGAUCCAUCCUGGUUACGGUUUUUUGUCGGAGAACAGUGAGUUUGCCAGAAAAGUUGAGGAGGCCGGCAUUGUGUGGAUCGGACCUUCGUGGAAAACAAUUGACGAGGUCGGAGAUAAGGUCAGUGCCCGUACCUUGGCCAUCAAGAACGACGUGCCUGUGGUUCCCGGAACCCCUGGGCCCAUUGAGUCGGUUGAAGAUGCCACCAAGUUUGUUGAAAAGUACGGGUAUCCCGUCAUCAUCAAGGCGGCGUUUGGAGGUGGUGGUAGAGGUAUGAGAGUGGUCAGAGAAGGUGACAGUGUGGAAGAUGCUUUCAACAGAGCCGUCAGUGAAGCCAAGACUGCCUUUGGAAACGGUACCUGUUUUAUCGAACGGUUCUUGGACAAGCCCAAGCAUAUCGAGGUGCAAUUGUUGGGUGACAACUAUGGUAAUGUGAUCCAUCUUUUUGAAAGAGAUUGCUCGGUGCAAAGAAGACACCAAAAGGUGGUGGAAAUUGCUCCGGCCAAGAACUUGCCUCGUGAAGUUAGAGACGCCAUUUUGACCGAUGCCGUCAAGUUGGCCAAGUCCGUCAACUACAGAAACGCUGGUACGGCCGAAUUCUUGGUAGAUGAACAGAACAGACACUAUUUCAUUGAAAUUAACCCCAGAAUUCAGGUUGAACACACCAUCACCGAAGAAAUCACCGGGGUCGAUCUUGUAGCGGCCCAGAUCCAGAUAGCGGCCGGUGCGUCUUUGCUGCAAUUGGGUUUGUUACAGGACAAAAUCACUACCAGAGGGUUUGCUAUUCAGUGUAGAAUCACUACCGAAGAUCCCACGAAGAAUUUCCAACCUGAUACCGGAAAAAUCGAGGUGUACAGAUCUGCUGGUGGUAACGGAGUGAGGUUGGACGGUGGUAAUGGUUUUGCCGGAUCCAUCAUCUCUCCUCAUUAUGAUUCGAUGUUGGUGAAAUGUUCUUGUUCUGGUUCAACUUUUGAGAUUUCCAGAAGAAAGAUGUUGAGAGCUUUGAUUGAAUUCAGAAUCAGAGGUGUUAAAACCAACAUUCCUUUCUUGUUGGCGUUGUUGACCAACGAGGUGUUUAUCAAAGGUGACUGUUGGACUACGUUUAUCGACGAUACUCCUUCGUUGUUCCAGAUGAUCACUUCUCAAAACAGAGCCACCAAGUUAUUGAACUACUUGGGUGAUUUGACUGUGAACGGUUCUUCUAUUGCUGGUCAAGUGGGCUUGCCUAAGUUGGACACGGAGGCCUUGAUUCCCGAUUUAACCGAUCCAUCUACGGGUGUUGUCAUCGACUUGCACAACCAGGUGGUUCCUCCAAAGGGAUGGAGAGAUGUGUUGUUGAAAGAGGGUCCCGAAGGCUUCAGCAAGAAGGUUAGAAACUUUGACGGAACCUUGAUCAUGGAUACUACCUGGAGAGAUGCCCACCAGUCUUUGUUGGCUACCAGAGUUAGAACCAUUGAUUUGUUGAACAUUGCUCCAACCACUGCACAUGCUUUGAGUGGUGCCUUUGCCUUGGAAUGUUGGGGUGGUGCCACUUUCGAUGUGGCCAUGAGAUUCUUAUACGAAGACCCAUGGCAAAGAUUGAGGAAGUUGAGAAAGUUGGUGCCCAACAUCCCCUUCCAAAUGUUAUUAAGAGGAGCCAAUGGUGUAGCUUACAGCUCUUUACCAGAUAAUGCUAUUGAUCAAUUUGUCAAGGAGGCCAAGGAAAAUGGAGUUGAUAUUUUCAGAGUAUUUGACGCUUUGAACGAUUUGGACCAAUUGAAAGUCGGUAUCGACGCUGUCAGGAAAGCUGGAGGUGUUAUUGAAGCCACUGUUUGUUACAGUGGUGAUAUGUUGCAAAUAGGUAAGAAGUACAACUUGGAAUACUAUGUUGAUAUGGUUGACAAGAUUGUGGAGAUGGGAACUCACAUUUUGGGUAUUAAAGAUAUGGCCGGUACUUUGAAACCAAAGGCUGCCACUCUUUUGAUUAGUGCCAUCAGAAACAAGUACCCACACUUGCCAAUUCAUGUUCACACUCACGAUUCUGCUGGUACUGGUGUGGCUUCCAUGGUGGCAUGUGCCAAGGCUGGUGCCGAUGUUGUUGAUGCUUGUUCCAACUCCAUGUCUGGUAUGACUUCCCAACCUUCUAUAAACGCCAUUUUGGCUUCGUUUGAAGGGGACAUUGAAAGUGGAUUACAAACAUCAAUGGUGACCCAAUUAGAUCACUACUGGUCUCAAAUGAGAUUAUUAUACGCUUGUUUCGAAGCCGACUUAAAGGGACCUGAUCCAGAAGUGUAUCAACAUGAAAUUCCUGGUGGUCAAUUGACCAACUUGAUUUUCCAAGCCAGUCAAUUGGGUCUUGGUGCUAGAUGGUUGCAGACCAAAGAAGCUUACAAGGUGGCAAACCACUUAUUGGGAGAUAUUGUCAAGGUUACCCCCACUUCCAAAGUGGUUGGGGAUUUGGCACAAUUCAUGGUUUCUAACAACUUAACCGAAGAAGAUGUCACCAAGUUGGCCGGUGAGUUGGACUUCCCAGAUUCAGUGUUGGAUUUCAUGGAAGGUCUUAUGGGUACCCCUUACGGAGGAUUCCCAGAGCCUUUGAGAUCCAAUGUAUUGGGUAGCAAAAGAAUCAAGUUGGACGGAAGACCAGGUUUGUACUUAAAGCCUAUUGACUUUGCCAAGGUUAAAGAAGAAUUGUCAUCCAAGUAUGGUGCCAACAUCACCGAAAGUGAUAUUGCUUCCUACAUUAUGUACCCUAAAGUGUUUGAAGCCUUCAAGAAACAACUCGAGAAGUUUGGUGACUUGUCUGUACUCCCUACCAGAUACUUUUUAAAGCCAUGUGUCAUUGGUGAAUCUAUUGAAGUUGAAAUUGAACAAGGUAAGACUUUGAUCAUCAAGUUGUUGGCAGUUGGAGAAAUCAGUCAACAAAGUGGUACCAGGGAAGUGUUCUUUGAAUUGAACGGUGAAAUGAGAUCCGUGACCAUCGAAGACAAGACGGCUUCUGUUGAAACCAAAACCAGACCAAAGGCCUCUCAACCAAACGAUGUGGGUGCACCAAUGGCUGGUGUUGUGGUGGAAAUCAGAUGCAAGACUGGUCAAGAAGUCAAGAAGGGUGACCCAGUUGCCGUGUUGAGUGCCAUGAAAAUGGAGAUGGUUAUCAGUGCUCCAGUUUCUGGUAAGAUUGGUGAAGUGUUAAUUAAAGAAGGUGAUAGUGUGGAUGCUGCCGACAUGAUCACCAACAUCUUGAAGUAG